GAACGCGCAGUAGAAACUGGGCUACCAAGCACAUGAACCCCUUUAAGGAGAGGAAGAGGAGCCACCUUUGGACCCUGACGUCACGCACUUGACAACCACGGCACUUCGCCCUUCGAGACGCUUCGCAACAACAACUUGAUCCUGUCGGGUUCAAUCCAGCUUCGACAAGUGAUCAAAAUGCGGCCGAGGAAGCGGGACGCGCUGCUCCUCUGGUUGCUUGUCUGCUCCGGCGUGGCGGAGGCGCUGGAGCCCAUCAGCACCACCAUCGCGGUGGGCAUGGCAGCGGCUCUCACCGGGAUCCUGGCCAGAUACCAGAACAUUUUCAACUACUUCCACGAGUGCUGCCGACCCGAAUGGAUCUCCUUCAACAGGACAAGGCUCAAGACCGACCUGGACAGCAAGCUCUUCGGGCAGCACAUCGCGUCCCGCAUCAUUUUAAAAGCCGUGACCGGGUUUAUGAGCAACGACAACCCCAAGAAGCCCCUGGUGCUCUCCCUGCACGGAUGGACCGGCACCGGGAAGAACUUUGUGAGCAAGCUCAUCGCCGAUAGCAUUUAUGCAGAGGGAAUGCACAGCGGCUUCGUCCACGUGUUCACGUCCACGCUUCACUUCCCGCAUGCGGAGCAUAUCGCCACCUACAAGUCUCAGUUACAGCAGUGGGUCAGAGGCAACGUGUCUAACUGUGAGCGCUCCAUGUUCAUCUUUGAUGAGAUGGACAAGAUGCACCCGGGCUUGAUUGACAGCAUCAAGCCGUACCUGGACUACUAUGACAAGCUGGAUGGCGUUUCUUAUCGGAAGUCAAUCUUCAUCUUUCUCAGCAACGCAGGAGGAGACAGCAUCAUCCAGACAGCCCUGGAUUUCUGGAAUGCAGGGAGAAACCGAGAAGAGAUUGAGCUCAAAGACCUGGAGACGGCCCUCUCCCUGUCUGUCUUCAACAACAACAACAGCGGCUUCUUUCGUACGAGCUUGAUCGACAAGAGCCUGGUGGAUUUCUUCGUUCCCUUCCUGCCUCUGGAGUACAGACACGUGGUCCAGUGCGCCAUGGCUGAGAUGAAAGCCAGGAACAUGAAACCGAACCACGAAACGGCGGACAACGUUGCCAGAGACUUGGUCUACUUCCCCAAAUCCGAGAGGGUGUUCUCCGUCAAAGGCUGCAAGUCGAUAGAGAGCAAACUGGACUUCUUCUCAUAACGUGAGCAUCUGAAGGACCCAAGGAUGAGCCACUACAUGCACUUUAAGAAAAGAAAGAACUUUGAAGCCAAAUGACUAAAGACAGGAAGCAAUUGUGACCGGAGAGAGUUUUGUGGAGGUUUCCCUGUCUGACCUUGUGGCCACCAGCGUAACAGGAGGCCUUCUCACUUACACUGAAUGAAGAGAUCAACGCCAGCACAAUAAAAUAUUCAAACGAUCGGGACACGAUCCUUUGUCGCUGGUUGAAGAGCCCAAUCUCUGCUUUUAUGUUGGCAGCCUCAGACGGUUGUUUUCUGGGGGGAAAAAACUUUUAAUAGUGGAUGAUGUCUUCCUGCCAGGGAAACCCUUCCCUUGUGGAGUGGCUCUACACCGCGGUCUCGGUGUGAACGGCCUACGGGAAGUAACUGCCUUAAAUCUUUAUCUCACUGUCUCUCUUUUUUAGCGGAACUAAUUUUACACAUCCGCCAGACUUUUGUGUUGAGGGUAGGGGAACAUAGCUGAAAAAUUCUUUAUUUUAAUUCAGACUCUUAAUUUCCUUUUUUAUUCUGUACUGUCAAAUCUCAUGACAUGCUUGCAAAGAUUACAUGUGAGUAAAAUGAAAUGUCAAAACACGAUUGACUGUCCGCCGUCUCUGACUCAGGAUCGUCGUCUCAUCAUCGGUUCUGAAGGUUUGGGAGAGAAAGAAAUUUGUAUUGGCCUAAUAUUUCCUAACCCGAAGCUUUGUGUGUAAUAAAAAGCGGUUCUCCCAAGUGUGCACAUCCCUGCUUAAAAUGUCGGGUUUCUGUGAUGGAAAAGAACAAGACCACGGCAAAUCGUUGUCAAACCCUUUCUGCUUCUAAUGCAGGGCUGCACAGUUAAUCCCAUAUUUGUCAUUGUAGCAACAUAUGUGACAUGCAUAUCGAGAAGAACUGCUUGGACUGCAGUAGAUCCUAACAUUUAGGUACCAUUCAUUCAGGCUCCCUCUGGUUCCCACAACAGGUUGUGAAGCACUAAGACAUUGCAACUCUGUCGAAGCUGCAGACUUUGGCCUUAAACAACUUUUUCAUUAGAGCCUUCUUGUAAAGGUGGAAAUAAUGACGUUUUUCUUUCAUUGCCAAAGUAAUCAGCCAGUAAUCAGCUGGCUGAUUACUUAGGGGAUUUGUCUGCAGUGAACCCAAAGCAGAAAGAUGUUAAGUCGUAUUUUUUAGCAAGGAAUGUCCUUAUUGUGACACACAUACAUUAUCAUGUUUGUUCACCAUCAUGCAGCCCUAGUAUUACAUCUGUCCUGUAGGUAGCAGGAUGCUAUAUGUUAAGGUUGCACAUUCAUGUUCUGCGUAUCGCUAAAAUGCAUAUGUAACCAAUAGGAUGGACAGACUGCCCUGAAUGAUGUAGAUUUAAUAGCAGAGCUGCUGCAGCUCAUGGUGGAUGGUUGAGACAUGAUGUUAUGGUUAAAAAAAGAACACAGAGUAGUGACAAUUGAUUUCAUUGUUGCAUUUUCAAGAAAAGUAUCAUAGUUGAAUAUUUUCCUGGUAUUAUGCAGCCCUUGUGUCAACUCAAGAAGUCUGAAUGCUGAAAUUCAUUGAAAAGGUGUGGACACACCAUGUUUUAGUGUAAAGGUGUUUACACUUAUAAAAUCCAAGUUUUUGCCUUGUAAAAAAAGAUUUUCACCUUCUAAAAGCUUAGAUUUUUUUAUUAUUGGUAAUCUGUAAAGCUAAAAUGUUACAUUAACCGUGGAAAAAGUUAUUUUUCAUAGUUUAAUUAUAUUACAAUCCAGUAAACCUGGCAUGUCAACAUGGGUCUGUUUGCCUUGUACAGCUGCUGGACUCUGGUGGUUUCAAACGGGCAAUUUAUUUUUUUUACCUUUUCUAUACAACUGCUUGUGGUUACCUCUGAGUGUGAAAGCAAACUGCUGCUCUGCACAGAAAGCUCUUUGGCUGUAGACACCAGAAAAGCAAAUCACAACUGAUAAUAAAAAUGCAUUUCUAAAGGU